GCAGUGAGCGAAGAACACACUACUGCACUCCAACCUGGGUGACACAGUGAGACUCCAUCUCCAAAAAACAAAAAAAUAAAAAAUACAUGAAUGAAUGAUGAAAAAGUGAAUUAGAGCCAUCUUGACAUUUUCCUCCUAAAUCUUUUUUCCCUAUAUCUUUUCUAUGCACGCCCCCCAAAAGAAAGUCAUUUUUCCUUUACGACCCAACAGAAUGAGCUGUAAUAACCUUGUAAUAUGUGCAAAUGUCUAUCCACAUUCAGACAUCCCCAGCUGUGUGGCUGCCAUUGUUCGCAGCAGGCAGUUGUGCUGGGGAGGGGUGCAGCAUCGGCAUGCUUGUGGAAUGAGUGAGCCCCAUCCUCCUCCUCCUCUCAUUGACUGUCAUUGCCUAACUCCCUUGUGUCUUGGCCUCAGGUUGAUCAUCCGGGACUACCACCAGCCCCUGGAGAGCAGUGGCCUCUGGUCCUUAAACAAGGAGGACAUGUCAGAACAAGUCAUGCCUGUUUUGGUAAAGAAGUGGAAGAAGAAAUGCACCAAGUCAAGGAAGGGUCACGGGCAUCAGCAUUCCAGGGAAGGAAGCAAAGCAAAUGGAGAAUGGCAUGCUGGUGACAGACAGUAUGGGGAAGGAACUUCAGAGGGACAUCAGCGGGCACCACAACAGCACAACAGAGCUGCAGAAAGCCGAAGCCAAGAAGGAGGAGACUUGAAAGCUGAUGGAGGCUGGCAAGGCAUCGAAAGGGCAAGUGAGAUUUGCUCCUUCAGUGAUGAUGGUGGCUACAGCUUACAGAGCGCCCACUGUGCAAAGUGCCUUAUCUACAAUACAUCUAUAAAGGUCCAGGUAAAGGCUCUGACAGUUUCUGAAGGACACACUGCUGAGGGUCUCCGUCACCGAGGGCUGGAAUGUAGUCGCGUGAUUAUGGCUCACUGCAAUCUCAACGUCCCGACCUCAAGCAGUCUUCUCAUCUCAACUUCCUGAGUAGCUGAAACUACAGCUGUGUACCAUCAUGCUAGGCUACUUUUUUAUUGUUAUUUUUGUAGAGACAAGGUCUCACUAUAUUGCCCAGGCUGGCCUCAAAUUCCUGGUGUUGUGGGGUUUUUUGUUUGUUUUGUUU